AAAUAUCAAAAAGUCAGUAUCUCUUCUUCUUCGUUCUUAUCCUCUUGUCAUCAACGCCACCUUCUCUUCUGAAGAGAGUUUCCAUGUCAAAUUUCUUCACAUUCAAAACGUCUCUUCUGUAAUCAAUCCUACCAUAACAUCAUCUUCAUCUUCAUUCAAAUAAUAAUAAUAAUAAAUAUGCUUUCUAGAUCCUGCUUUAAUCUACUCAACCUCGACGACGACGACGAUUACUCCACACUCCUCCAUCGGACACGGAUCCCCAAGCUAAUGACCCUUCCCGGCGUCAUUUCCGAUUCCGACGCCGUACCCUCCUCGUCGAUUCCUCGGGAGAGACGGAUUGUCGUCGCUAAUCAGCUACCCAUCAAGGCCAACCGCGAAGAUGAAACUAGAAAAUGGUGUUUCGAAUGGGAUAAAGACGCCCUUGUUCUGCAGCUUAAAGAUGGAUUCUUGCCAGACGUUGAAAUCGUCUAUAUAGGUUCUCUCCGGACGGAAAUCGAUUCUUCGGAAGAACAGAUCGAGAUUUCCCAAUUUCUCUACGAAAAGUUCCGUUGCGUACCGACGUUUCUUCCACCCGAUUUACAGAAUAAAUUCUACCAUGGUUUCUGUAAGCAUUAUCUCUGGCCUCUUUUCCAUUACAUGUUACCUUUAAACCCUAGCCAUGGCGUCCGGUUCGAUCGGUGUCUAUGGCAAGCUUAUUUAUCAGUUAACAGAAUCUUCGCUGAUAAAAUCAUGGAAGUGAUUAACCCAGAUGAAGAUUUCAUUUGGGUUCAUGAUUAUCACCUCAUGGCAUUACCCACUUUCUUAAGAAAGAGAUUUCACAGAGUUAAACUUGGAUUCUUCCUUCAUGUCCCUUUUCCCUCUUCUGAAAUUUAUAGAACAUUGCCUGUUAGGGAUGAAAUUCUUAAAGCUUUCUUAAACUGCGAUCUAAUUGGCUUUCACACGUUCGAUUACGCUAGACAUUUCUUGUCAUGUUGCAGUAGAAUGUUGGGAUUGGAUUACCAAUCUAAAAGGGGUUAUAUAGGUCUUGAGUAUAAUGGAAGAACAGUCACCAUUAAGAUUCUUCCUGUUGGGAUUCAUAUGGGUCAAUUGAAAUCGGUUAUGUCAAUGCCUGAAACUUCUAACGAAGUUGAAACAUUAAAGGAACGAUUUGAAGGGAAGAUUGUAAUGUUGGGUGUUGAUGAUGUGGAUAUGUUUAAGGGUAUUAGCUUGAAGAUUCUAGCAUUAGGUCAAUUGUUAGAAGAACACUCUGAAUUAAGAGGAAGGGUAGUUUUAGUUCAGAUUUUGAACCCCCCUAGGAGCAGAGGAACUGACAUACAAGAAGUUCAAAACGAUAUUAGUAAUGUCGCGAGCGAUCUUAACCUAAGAUACGGGAAACCAGGUUACGAACCGGUCGUGAUCGUAACCGGGCCCAUUUCGACUCAAUUGAAAGUCGCGUAUUACGCUAUUUCCGACUGUUGUGUAGUGAAUGCGGUUAGAGAUGGGAUGAACUUGAUGCCCUACACUUAUACAGUUAUUAGGAAUGGCCUUGGUUCGGGCACCGGUACGAGGAGUAGUGUGAUCAUCUUGUCCGAGUUCAUAGGUUGUUCUCUUUCUCUGAGUGGAGCCAUUAGAGUCAAUCCUUGGAAUAUCGAGAGUGUAGCCGAGGGGAUGAAUUCGGCGAUAACAAUGUCGGAAGUGGAGAAACAUAUGAGGCACGAAAAACACUAUAAGUAUGUUAGUUCUCACGACGUGGCGUAUUGGGCUAGGAGUUUCGAUUUGGAUCUCGCGAGGGCUUGCGGGGACCAUUACGAGAAAAGGUGUUGGGGAAUUGGUUUGGGAUUAGGAUUUAGAGUUGUUGCUUUGGGUCCAAAUUUUCGAAAACUUUGUUUGGAACAAAUUGUGUGUGGUUAUGGGAAGACGAGUAAUCGUUUGAUCCUGUUGGAUUACGAUGGAACCAUGAUGCCUAUGGGUUUGGUUGAUAAGGCUCCUAAUGAUGACGUGAUUAGGAUUUUGAAUUGUUUGUCGUGUGAUAAUAAGAACGCGGUUUUUAUCGUUAGUGGUCGAGGAAGAGAUUCGUUGAGCCAAUGGUUCUCGCCGUGUGAGAAACUUGGCAUCUCGGCUGAACAUGGCUACUUCACAAGGUGGACGGGGAAUUCUCAAUGGGAAUCUUGUAUGGUUUCAAUGGACUUGAAUUGGAUGAAAAUCGCACUUCCGGUUAUGGAACACUACACAGAAGCAACUGAUGGUUCGUCUAUAGAGCAAAAGGAGAGUGCUCUCGUUUGGCACCAUGGAGAUUCCGACCCUGACUUCGGCUCGUGUCAGGCAAAGGAGCUACUAGACCACCUCGAGAGCGUUUUAGCGAAUGAACCUGUCCUCGUUAAAAGAGGACAACAUAUUGUCGAAGUCAAGCCACAAGGUGUGAGCAAAGGAGUGGUGGUGGAGAAUCUGAUUGAAACAAUGAAAACAAAAGGGAAGUCGCCGGAUUUUGUGUUGUGUAUAGGCGAUGAUCAUUCGGACGAAGACAUGUUCGAGACGAUAUCGAGAUGUGUUGCCAAUAAGAAUUUGGCCGAAGGGGCAGAGGUUUUCGCUUGCACGGUUGGACAGAAACCGAGCAUGGCAAAAUACUAUCUCGACGAUACUUUUGAUGUUAUUAGAAUGCUGCAAGGCCUUGCAGAUGCUUGUGGGCAGCCAUCUAAACCAACUCCUUUUCAGGUCUCAUUUGAAGAGUCUAUCUGAAAUCAAAUUUACUUUCACAAUAACAGUAAUUAGACAAUAGUAAAUAGUAAAUAGUAGUAGUGGUAAAUUUAUUUAGUCACAGCCAGUGUAGAUGGCAAAAUCAAAGGGGUAUUCAAAUAAUGGUGAAAAUCAGUUUUGUACAAACCAUU